GAAGAAAGCAAGGAUUUUAUUACUGCUGAAAAUCUUGAUGAAAAGAUUGCUUUUGCACUGGACAAUGAAACUUCAUAUAACUUUGCAUUAAAACCAAAUGGAGAAAGAAUCUGUUCUACUGAGCCCCCUGGCAAUAUGGACCCAGAACAACCAGGUCCUGCUGCCUAUGUUUUCCCCUCUUCUUAUUUUGAUGAAAGACCAGAGAAAGACAACCAAGAAUAUUAGUUCACAUCAUUUGCAACUCUACAAAAUCAACCAGUUUGGUGGGAUGCAGGACUGGAUUUCCAUCCCCCAACAUACACUAUAUGUAUGUAUGCUGAAAUGUGAAUAUUAUUCAAAAAAAAUAAAAGGACAAGUCUAAAUAA